CGCUUUGGUCUUUGUUGCUCGACCUUGUUCAAAAUAAGUUCCUGUUCCUUUAAGGGAUCUCUCCAAAAUUUACCGUAGUGACGUUGCGUAUAUUCCAUAUUCAGAGAAAGUCCAGUGGCGGAGUGUGGAUUCUCCUACUGCCAGAGCAGUCUCCUCCGGGUGCUGAGCAAAAGCAGAACAUUUUUUCAUCAUGAACACAGACAAAGAUCCUGAGUUUAGUACCCCAGAGGGAGACAGGAUGGACGUUUGCAGUGGGGUUGGAGAUGUGAAGCCACAGGAGGAAGAAGAAGAGAAGGAAGACAACUCAUUCAGUGAGAGUGGAAUGCAGAGUGCUGAAGGUGUGAAGGAUCCACAUGUGAUAAAAACAGAGGCAGAGGAGAUGGAAGAAAGCGAGCCGUACCCCAAGGCUGAAAAAGAGAGAGAGAUUGUGCUAAAAGAGGAGGCAGAGGGGGCAAGUGAGGACGGGACGGAGGAAGGAUUUGACGAGGAGAGGACAGAGGAGGACGAUGAUGAUGAGAGGGACAGGGAUGACGAGGGAGAUACCCUGAAUGAGCCACAGGACCUGUCGCUGGUGGACUACUCCCGUUAUGACAGCACCGCCCUGCCAGACGCCCACGCUGCAGCGGGGGCUGAUGCAGAUGGGACCUUUGUGCCUGGAGCUGUGGCCCCUCGCAUCCAGGCGACAGGCAAGCUCAACUGUGACAUCUGUGGCCUGUCCUGCGUCAGCAUCAACGUACUACUGGUGCACAAGCGCAGCCACACGGGUGAGAGGCCAUUCCACUGCAACCAGUGCGGGGCCUCCUUCACCCAGAAGGGAAACCUGCUGCGCCACAUCAAACUGCACUCUGGGGAGAAGCCUUUCAAAUGCCCCAUGUGCAGCUACGCCUGCCGUCGACGCGAUGCUCUGAGUGGGCACCUGCGCACCCAUUCUGUAGAGAAACCCUUCAAGUGCAACCACUGCAGUCGCAGCUACAAGCAGCGAAGCUCCCUCGAAGAGCACAGAGAGAGGUGCCAUGUGUACAUUCAGAGCAAAGGUGCCGCUGACAGAGAAGACAACCAGACACCCAGGACUCAGAUGGGCACUGAGCGUGCUCUGCUGCUCGACAGGCUCGCCAGCAACGUUGCCAAACGGAAGAGCUCGAUGCCACAGAAGUUUACCGGCGACAACGGUGUCUGCCUGGACCUGAGCUUCAACAGGGAGCUGGUCUACCGGACUGACGUCAAGGAGCCUCCGCCAGGCUCCCCAGGGCCUGACACUCACCCACAUCAGCAACAACCCAUCCUCACAGGGCCAGACGGCGACAUAGCUCCCUCUCGCAGGCCCUACCCGAUCCAGUUGACCCGCAACGACGUCAACCCCAUGGGCCUCACUAACGGCCACAAGAUGGGCAUGCCGCUUAUAGGUGUUCCUCACGCCACCCAGCCGCCCCCCAGCAUGGACUCGUUCCACACUGACAGCUCCCAGAUGCCCCAGCCUGUUAUGUACAGCUUAGGGCACCUGCUGGGAGGGCUUAACCAUCAGAACGGGAUCCCCCACCCGCACGCCCAGCCCAUCCCCUUGUCGCCGCUGGAGGCUUUACGGGUUGUACGGGCUGAUGGGGAGACCGGAGCCCUGCCAGGGGCAGUGUACCCCUGCGGCCACUGCAGGGUGAUCUUCCUGGACUAUGUCAUGUUCACGAUCCACAUGGGGUGCCACGGCUUCCGCGACCCACUCGAGUGCAACGUGUGUGGCCACCGCAGCAGAGACCGUUACGAGUUCUCUUCCCACAUAGCCCGCGGCGAGCACCGCCUAGAACUGAAGUAGCUUUCAUUCAUUGCUUACACACACAUGUGCUCAUUCAGAUAACCUUGUAUGAGCGUGCGCACACACACACACACACACACACACACACACACACAGAUUUACUCAUAUAAGUAGCUAGUGGUAUCAGAAAUGAAAGCAUGAAGUAGCAGCUAUCUCUCUCUCUCUCUGUCUUUUGUGUAUGAGUGUGUGUGUGUGUGUGUGUGUGUUUAAGAGAGAGAGACUGAGAGAGACGUUGGAGGAGUGUGAUGUGUGUCUGAGUGUUUUUAGUCAUGCCUUUUUCAUCUGAAAAGAUGGCCUGUAAAGUGUUUAUGCAGGAGAAAUUCUACUUCCUUUCAUCCCUGCUGUAACCACUGUUAAUAUCUUAAAGCCAUUUAUACAUUCAAAUGUUCAACAAAGUAGCAAAAUGAAUGCAUUUUUGUAUAUCUGCUGUUGUUUUUUAUUCCUGUUAUUUGUUGAAAGGUGUAAAAAAUAAAAGAUAACCUCUCUUUUUACUCUUCA